CGGGAGGCGCAGGGUGUCGCCGAAUACAGCCUGGGUACAUCGCAGCUUUAAAUAAAGUCGAGGAGCCCGGGGCCCCAUUCCAUCCUUCGAUGGGAUUUAUCGCCUCUUUCCGGAUCUCCAUCUCCGAGAGGAAGAAGAUGCAAGCCAGCCCCAUCCGCAUCCCAACUGUCACCAAUGAUACCGACUGGGACUUCUGCUUCCAUCUUACCCACAGGUCCCAGCAAACCAAGAUCCCAGAACAUCAGCGAACAGAUGAGUCAUCUCCCACUAGUGGAUCUGAAGAGAGUGAGGAAGACACCAAAGCCAAGGAGAAGGCCAUAGACUGUAUGUCUCAUCCCAAAGAGAAAUUGGCCCAAUCCCAGAAGAAAAUAGCUCAGCUGAUUAAGAGGAAAAAGAACAUUGAAGCAAAUAAGGAGCUGAUUCGCUGUGUCAUCCUUUCUCGGAUUAUUUUUGGGGAAGAACACUGGAAAUGUGCACAGGCUUUGGCCACCCUGGCUUAUGGCUACCUGACACUGAGAGGCCUUCCAGCUCAGGCCAAGAAACAUGCCGAGUCCGCCAAGAACGUCCUGCUGACCUGGAAGGGAACCACAACCUCAGACAAGGAGGAAAAGCAAAUUCUGGAGACUCUGGUCAUGCUCUACUACACUCUGGGGGUGGCCUGCCUCCUGCAGAACCAUGGCAGAGAGGCGUAUUUCAACCUGCAGAAGUCAGAGAGAAACAUGAAGGAGCUGAGGAAAUCAUAUAAGGGAAGCACUUGUGGGUUACAGGUCUCAGAGAACGAUCUAAGAAUCGCUUUGGGCAGAGCCUCCUUGGCCAACUGCAGGUUAAACCUUGCACUGAUAUACUUUGAAAAGGUGGUUGACAACGUUAUUGCCAAUAAGGGUGACAAUACGUCAGAUCUGGUCAGCCUUUACCAGGAAAUGGCUCAGAUCGAGCAGCUGAGGAGGAACCACGAGCACGCCAUCCAGUACUUGCACCAGGCCCAUUCUAUCUGUGUCUCUUUGUACACUGAAGUCAGCCCCCAAGCUGCAGAGGCGAGCGCGUUACUAGCCAAGGCUUAUGCCAUGUCUGGAGAGGUCCAACACAAGGAAUCUCACCAAAAUUUACCUGCAUGAAGAGUAGAGAAUCCUACACGCAAUGAACAUGGCCUGAGAUCUAUCAGUUAAUUAGGAAAUCCAGUGAUAGAAGAGAAACAUUGGCUCCUCUCCCCAGCCUCCUCCACUCUCAACCUCCUUGACUCUUUCUCUGCCUUAUGAGAAAGAAUGUUUGUAGCAGCUAGAAUUUUCUCGACUUCUAUUCAGAAGUGAGGUACUGGGGGUUCUAGAGGAAAGCUGAGUCAUGAACCCAUCCCUCAGCAGUAAUCCUUCUCAGGCAGGGCCAUCCUUUUCAUAGUGGGUAGCUUUGAGAGAGACUUGGAGGAACUAGUAAGGAAGGACAGUCCCACGCUCACCUGGCUUGAUUCAGUUAGUGUACACUGACAGAUUCAGUGGUUUAUCAGGAGGAAUUUGAGAUUUAUCUAAAAUAUAAUUUAAAUAUUUUAAAAAAUGCUGUGCUUUUAAACACAAUCUUUUUUUUAAAAAAAUAAUCUUUUCUGUGCUUAUAAAAAUAAUCCAUUUUGCUGGACGUUAUCUGCCAGUUACAUAUAUGAGAGAGAAAGGAAGUAUGUGUGUGUGUGUGUGUGUGAGUGAUGAGGGGGGAUGAUAUUAUUUUCUAUUCUUAUAUUUCCUUAUGUUAUUAAAUAAACUUUUUUUUUUAAGUUUUCAGAAGUUAUUUGGAUAUUUUGAACAUUGGUUUCUUUAGCAUGACUGUUCAUUGAAGAUUCUUAUUCUGUGUUUUCUAGCUAAUUAUCUUGCUCCUUUUAAAAAUGUCCUUGUGUAUACUCACAGUAUUUGUGCUCCAUGUAUAUAUUUGAUUUUUUAAAAACAGUCUUCAUGGUUAUUAAGAAGU